AUGGAUGAGCUUUUCGACGUCUUUGAGGAUCAGCCCCAGGCGGCCAGGCCUGCUGAGGGAGCUCCCAAGCGAUCAAAGAAAGACAAGAGCAAGAAGCGACAGGUUAAUGGUGACGUGAAGGAAGCCGGCGCCGCUACAGAGACCGCGGAGGAUGUUGCACUUGUCGAUGCGCCCGCCGACGCACCUGUCGAAGAAGAUGAAGUCAAGGAGGAAGAAGGAAGCCCCGUCACGGACAGCAAUGAACAACCGGAUGCGAAACGCCCGCGCCUCGAGAAGGAACCGGAACCCGUGGUAGCGGAUUCGUUUGAGACGGAGCAGGAGCGCGAAGUCGCUGGAUCAGCAGGCCUUCAGGGCGUCAACGACUCUACAUCUGUCAGGUUGUCCCAUCAAGUGCGGCAUCAGGUCGCCAUCCCACCCAAGUACCCUUACGUGCCCAUAUCCGAACAUAAGCCGCCGGAGACCCCCGCAAGAGUGUGGCCGUUCACUUUGGAUCCCUUCCAACAGGUUGCGAUCGCCUCGAUUCAGAGAGAAGAGAGUGUUUUGGUUUCAGCCCAUACUAGUGCCGGAAAGACGGUGGUCGCCGAGUAUGCUAUCGCGCAGUGCUUGAAGAACAACCAGAGAGUUAUCUACACGAGUCCGAUCAAGGCCCUGAGUAACCAGAAGUACCGAGAAUUUGCUGAGGAAUUUGGUGAUGCGGGCUUGAUGACAGGAGAUGUCACCAUCAACCCAACAGCCACCUGUUUGGUCAUGACAACUGAGAUUUUGCGAUCUAUGCUGUACCGGGGUUCUGAAAUUAUGCGUGAAGUCGCGUGGGUCAUCUUCGAUGAAAUCCACUAUAUGCGUGAUGCGAUCCGAGGUGUGGUUUGGGAGGAAACCAUUAUCUUAUUGCCAGACAAGGUUCGAUACGUUUUUUUGUCCGCCACCAUCCCCAAUGCUAUGCAAUUCGCCGAGUGGGUAACAAAGAUGCACAAUCAACCCUGCCAUGUCGUCUAUACCGAUUUCCGACCGACACCGCUACAACACUACUUCUUCCCCGCCGGAUCGGAGGGUAUGCAUCUUGUCGUGGAUGAGAAGGGUGUCUUCCGCGAAGAGAAUUUCCAGAAGGCCAUGAGCAGCAUUGCAGACAAGAAGGGUGACGAUCCAUCGGAUCCGAUGGCUAAGCGGAAAGGAAAGGGCAAGGAUAAGAGAUUGAACAAGGGCGGCAAUCAAGACAAGAGCGACAUUUUCAAGAUUGUGAAGAUGGUCAUGCUCAAGAACUUGAACCCAGUCAUUGUUUUCAGUUUCAGCAAGCGCGAGUGUGAAAACUGUGCUCUGCAGAUGAAAAACCUGGCCUUCAAUGACGAUUCCGAGAAGGAGAUGGUUCAAAAGGUCUUUGACAGUGCAAUUGAGAUGUUGUCUGAAGAGGACAGGGACUUGCCUCAGAUCCAAAAUAUCCUCCCUCUGCUUCGCAGAGGUAUCGGUGUCCAUCACUCCGGGCUUCUCCCUAUUCUCAAGGAAACUAUCGAGAUUCUCUUCCAGGAAGGGUUGAUCAAGGUGCUCUUCGCCACUGAAACAUUCUCCAUUGGUCUUAACAUGCCCGCGAGGACCGUCGUUUUCACAAGCGUCCGGAAGUUCGAUGGCUUCAGCCAGCGUUGGGUCACACCAUCAGAGUUCAUUCAGAUGUCUGGUCGUGCCGGUCGAAGAGGUCUUGAUGAUCGCGGUAUUGUUAUCAUGAUGGUUGGAGAGGAGAUGGACCCCGCUGUCGCUAAAGAAAUCGUCCGCGGUGAACAGGAUCGACUGAACUCGGCCUUCCAUUUGGGUUACAACAUGAUCCUCAAUCUCAUGCGUGUGGAGGGCAUCUCGCCAGAAUUCAUGCUCGAGAAAUGUUUUUACCAAUUCCAGAACACAGCUGGUGUUGCUGAGCUCGAAAAGCAGCUUGAGGGCUUCGAAGAGAAGCGCGCCAAUUCGAACAUUCCUGACGAAGGAACCAUCCGUGAAUACUACGAUCUGCGCAAGCAGCUUCAGAGAUUCGGCGAUGAUGUGCAAGCGGUGAUGAGCCAUCCCGAACAUUGCCUGUCAUACAUUACGCCGGGGCGCUUGGUUCACAUCAAGCACAAGGGUGUGGACUUCGGCUGGGGCAUCGUUGUCAAUUGGAAGCAUCGCAAGCCACCGAAGAAUCCGAACGAAGAGUUCACUGAUCACCAGAAACACGUGGUUGACGUCCUGCUCAAUAUUGCUGACGGAGAUUCCGUGGGCACAAAAUCGUUCGAGGAUUUCCCCUCUGGUGUCAGGCCGCCAAAAGAGGAUGAGAAGUCCCACAUGGACGUUGUACCGCUUGUCCUCAGCUGUAUUCAAAGCAUUGCACACGUCUGCAUCCGCCUUCCCAAAGACCUGAACUCGAAAGACUCGCGGAAUAAUAUGAAGAACACCCUAGCCGAGGUAAAGAAACGUUUCCCGGAUGGCCUUGCUCCCUUGGACCCUAUUGAGAACAUGGGCAUCAAGGAUGAGGAAUUUAAGAAGACACUCAGGAAAAUCGAAGUUCUUGAGUCCCGUCUCCUCUCCAAUCCCCUUCACAAUUCGCCCCGGUUGCCGGAAUUAUAUGAUCAAUAUUCCGAAAAGGUGGAACUCGGAAAUAAGAUCAAGGAGACAAAGAAGAAGAUCUCGGAGGCCAUGGCUAUUAUGCAGCUCGAUGAACUGAAAUGCCGUAAGCGAGUUCUUCGUCGAUUCGGAUUUAUCAACGAGGCCGAAGUGGUACAGUUAAAGGCGCGUGUGGCCUGUGAAAUUAGUACCGGCGACGAGUUGAUGCUCAGCGAGCUCCUCUUCAACGGUUUCUUCAAUAACCUUACGCCAGAACAAGUGGCUGCGGCCCUGAGCGUCUUCGUCUUUGAGGAGAAGACCAAGGAGACCCCUGCUCUGACACGGGAAGACCUAGCGAAGCCCCUCAGAGAGAUCCAAGCGCAGGCUCGGAUCGUCGCCAAGGUCUCGCAGGAGUCCAAGUUGGCGGUCAACGAGGAUGAAUACGUGCAAGGUUUCCACUGGGAGCUGAUGGAGGUCAUCUUCGAAUGGGCGAACGGCAAGUCGUUUGCUGACAUCUGCAAAAUGACCGAUGUCUACGAAGGCAGUCUGAUUCGCGUCUUCCGCCGACUGGAAGAGUGUCUCCGACAGAUGGCGCAGGCAGCCAAGGUCAUGGGCAGCGAAGAACUGGAGGGUAAAUUCGAGACAGCUUUGACGAAGGUGCGCAGGGACAUUGUCGCCGCCCAGUCCUUGUACCUGUAA